CCAGGACCGGAGAGUCGGCUCGCAUCGAACCGCACCCAGCGUUUGAUACUGACGAGCAAUGUCAGUAGCACAUCGCGCAGGCGCAACGGAGAACUUUGUCAGUCCAAGAAGUGGACGCCAAGGUCUUGAAACUCCAUCGCUGGGCACAAGAGACGGAGUGGGACGCCGGCCGUUGGCAUGACGGGUCGGUUAGCCAGCGAAGCUGGAGACUUCUGGGAUAAAGGGCCAUGUGCUCUGGCCACGCACACCGGGCAGUGUGUGUCUGAGGAGAAACGAUCGAAGCCGAAGCAGUGGCUUGGAGAUGACGGGCGAGAGCAAGAUCUCUGCAGCGCAUUCGAAGGCUAGAAUGGCAACGGCCGCGGAUGCUCAACAACUGGUCUGAAAUCCCGGCGUUGAUGGAAGCGACGACAGACCGACAAGACUCCUAGUGCGCGGUGCAGCGCGAAUGUGCCCGGAUCGCCUUCACAUGGUAUGCCUGGCAUGCUCGAUUGGCACAGAGAGAGACCAGGUUGGGAUGCCAUCAGGACUUCGGGGAGUGAGAUUAGCGUUAGAAAGCCGCCCCAAGUCGCAUCAAUGAUCAGUCGGAUUCCGCCCAAAUUCAGAGCUUCCCAUCCUCCCGUUAUGGCAGCUGAUCGGACAUGCACAAGGAAGGACUACGGGCCUUUGGACGCGCAGCAAGCUGGAUGAGACCACUUUCCUAUCUUAUUGACGGACGCUCGAAAGGGGGUGGGAUUACUCCUCAGUAUUGUACGCCUUUGAAUCACACAGGAAGAUGGUCGGAGAUUCAAGAAGAGGCAUUUUCGCAGUCACAUCAGCUGUCUCACGCGUACCACGUGGCGUGACCGUGUCCUCUCACCGACCUUGCCCCGCUUCGCACAGUCUGCGGCGCGCCCAUCCCAUCUGCACCCUACCGAGACCGGCGAAACGCCGCAGACCCCCACAUUGCUCUCCCUCACCCGCCGGCCUGACGCCCCUCCGCUCCCUCCCGGAAUGGCGCUGCUAGAUACCCCCCCAACACGAUCACCGGACGAUGGGCUCGGGAUGAAGAAGGCACGCACGAGCGGCCGCGCGAAGAGGCUCUCGCUGCGCGCGCUGGAAGCCGCAGGGCCGAAGUUCGUGGGGAACGACGUGGUGCUGGGGAAGAUGGAGGGGUAUCCGGAAUGGCCGGGCAUGAUUGUGAACGAGGAUGAGCUGGCGGAGUCCAUCCUCUUGCAGCGGCCGCGCGGCGCGCACAGGUUCUUCGCGGUGCGCUUCUUCCCCGAGGGUGAAUAUUGUUGGUUAAGCGAGAUGCACGUGAAACCAUUGGAGAAGUGCGCCAUCGAGGGGUUCCUUACCGCCAUCCGGAGGGGAAGGAGGAAACCCGUCGAGGCACUCCUUAUACAGGCUUACGAGAGCGCAUUGGCGCCUGAAGAUUGGAAAGCACAGCACACCGAAGACGAGAAAUAUCUCACGCAGCCUGUUCUCGAAUCAGAUUCGGCGAGUUCACCGACUCUCGCAGAUUCCAGUCCUCCGCCAGAUGCAAUGCUCUCCCCUUCCGAACCGAGUGGACCUUCUCGGCCAGGCACAAUAAAAUCACACACAGAGAUGCUAGCUGACCUCAAGCUCGAGGCAAGAGGCAAGUACAGACUGUUCGUCGAACACCCUGUUACGACCGAUCUCGAGUACGCGUUGAAGGAGAAGAAAACAGUUCGCUUCGAUUUACCCUCACCCUUGAAACCGAAUACAGAACUCGACGCUAACGCAGAAGCAUCAACGAGUGUCACCCCAGAUUUCAUUCGACCGCCGACACUUCCUGAACAGCGGCCAGCUGACGAUGCCGAACAUGUGGUCACGGCGACUGAAGUGACAGAGCCAGCGGCGCCCGAACGGCAUGCCCCUGGUCCGAGCCAGCCUUCUCCCGCGUUUGAUACUGUCGACGCGCAAGGCCAGCUCCAGAUGCUGUACGACAGAACGCGAACCGAAAGAGACAAACUGCAGCAGCACCUGCGCACCGCGUACAGCGCGUUUUUCGGGCAGAAAGCGCGUCACACCGAUAGCGUGAAGGAGCUGGAAGACGAGCUGUUGAAGAAGAGCAGUCGUGUUGCCCAGGUGGAGGCGAUGCUCGCCGAAAGGGAUGCCUGGAUUGCGAGCAUUGAUGUGCAGAUGCGGUCGAUGAAGCCCACUGCUAGCAGGCCCGCCGAGUCUGAUGAGAAUUCGGAAUCUGCAUCGCGGAAGCGCAUUCGACAGCUUGAGGAAGAAAACGAGGCGUUGAAGAAGCAGUUUUCGAGUGUUGAGAUGGUUCUCGCUGGUUGCACGGCCUUGAAGGCGCCAAAACGAAGGAAGAUUGAUCAUAACCCAGAGCCUGACUACCCUUGAGUGCGUCAGGAUCUAUGCUCUUGUCAUUUUUGUGUAUCGUAGUAGUAUCAUUUCAAUAUUACCUGGUUUCUGUGCAUUGAAUGCACGUUUUCG